AUGCCUUCAUUACCUUCUUUUAAAAUCAACUACUCAGUGUCUUUAAAUGGUGAACUAUUGGAAACGUCAUCUUUCAUCACUGAAUACCUUAUGAAAUCAAUGGAAUCUAGUAAAUUUUGGAAUCAAUUACAUUUCAAAUUGGAAACAAACUAUUCCAAAUCAGUAAACCAUUCAUACAUUUGUCAAAUACAUGAUGAAUUAAUAAAUCAAUCAAUAUUAACUAAAUUUGGUAAUGAAAAUUUCAUCAAUCUUGAAUACAUCACAAUUGAAUUGGAAUUUUAUACAUCUGAUUUGAAACUUGAUACAAUGAUUGAAUUGAUCAAUUAUUUCCAUUACUCUUUAUUAUUCACAGCUUUGGAGUUUGAAAUGCCCUUUGUAUUCAAUUAUUAUUCAAGAAAAUGCUUUGGUGAUAACUUCAAAUAUCUAGUUUCAAUUUCAAACUCAUUAACCAAGACUAAUCCAAAUAAACUAAUCCAAAGUUUAUUAAACUUGAUCCAUAACUAUCCUCAAUCAAGUGCAAAAUAUCUUUAUGAAUUAUCAACUCAUUCUUAUAAAAGAAACUAUCAAUCUCAAAAAUUUAAAAAAUUAAAAGGUGAAAUAGAUCAUACAUUAACCCUUUUCAAUGAUUCUUCAAUUGAUUUAAAACAAAUUUCUCAAUUAACUAAUGGUUGCCCCUCUUUAAGCUGA